UUGGAUUUUUUGGGAUACUGAGGCACCAAAUAAACCAUCGCUUUUGCCUUUUCCGCAGAAAUUUCCCAUAGGGGUUGUUCCAAGAGCUUUUCCAGCGGAGUUUCUGCUCCCAGCAGGUUUUAUUUGGCUUGUGAUUUUUUUUGUCCCCGUUGUUUUGUUGACCUGGUGUCCCUUGGCAGCUGUCACAGGUAACUCCAGCCAGGAAUUGCCUUUUCCGGCGCUCCGAGGGGCACCAUUCCCACCCGGAGUCUCCCGGCGCCACUCCAGGAUCCGUUAAUAAUUAACCCCAAGGAAAGCACCGGCCAGGUGGCCCUGAUUGGGAUCGCCCCGUUAAUGGUUUGUGUUCCCUCUCCUCUCCAGCUGCUCCUGAGGAUGAGCGCCGUGAUCCUGCUGCUCCUGCUUUCCGCCGGGAAUGCCGGAUCCCAGCCGGACAAGGCUCUGCCCAGGCGGCGCCUCUCGUGCGUCAGGUGCUGCGGGCCCUCGGAGCAGCCCGUGUCCAUCUUCUCCCAAAGGUCCGCCAGGAUGAGCGGCGAUCCCCAAUAUUCCCUGCCCAAAAUCCAGCCCACCAUCGACAUCACCAUCCUCAAAGGCGAGAAGGGCGAGAUGGGCAAGCGGGGAUUCCCCGGAGCAGCCGGGAAGGCGGGAGAGCGAGGAUCCCGCGGCCUGAGCGGCCGGAAGGGCCAGAAGGGCCAGCCCGGCCCCCAGGGCCACUCCUGCAAGCAGCUCUUCGCCGCCUUCUCCGUGGGCCGUCGCAAGCCCCUGCACAGCUCCGACUACUUCCAGCACGUCACCUUCGACACGGAAUUCGUCAACCUCUACCAGCACUUCAACAUGUUCUCCGGGAAGUUCUUCUGCUACGUUCCAGGGAUUUACUACUUCAGCCUCAACGUGCACACCUGGAACUUCAAGGAGACCUACGUGCACCUGAUGAGGAACGAGCAGGCGGCGGCCAUCCUGUACGCCCAGCCCAGCGACAGGAGCAUCAUGCAGAGCCAGAGCCUGAUGCUGGAUCUGCAGGAAGGGGAUGAGGUUUGGAUCCGGAUGUUCAAGAGGGAGCGGGAAAACGCCAUUUACAGCGAGGAGUCGGAUGUUUACGUCAUCUUCAACGGGCACCUGAUCAAACCCGCCCUGGAGUAGGAGCUCCUCGGCUCCAGGGCGAAGCUUCGGCUCAUCCAGCGGUGUCUUCCCUCUAGAAUUCCCUUUGGAAUGGCUGUAGCCCUGGAAGAGCUGGUUUUCCACAGCUGCGUGGUGGAUCUAAGCUGUGCAAGAAUUCCAGAAGGUUCCCUGCUCCCUUUGUGGCUCCUCAGGAACAUCCCUGGAGUUUGUCUGAUUGACAGCAAAAAUGUUCCCUUCUUUCUCUGCAUCUCCCGUUCCAUUUGGAAUAUUUGUAGCCCUUGGAAUGGUGUUUUUCCCAUUCGUUAUGGAUGGAGGGGACUCUCCCAACUGCACAAGAAUUCCAGAAGUUUUCCAGCUCUCCGUGCAGCCCCUCAGGAACACCCCUGAAGAGUUGCCAGGUUGGCAGCAAAACUUUCCCUUCUUUCUCCAGAUCCCUCAUUCCAUUUGGAAUUUCUGUAGCCCUUGGAAGGGUGGUUCUCCACCCCUGUGUGGAUGAAGGUGACUGUUCCACCUGCACAAGAAUUCCAGAAGGCUCCCAGAUCCCUGCAAAGACCCUCAGGAACAUCCUGGAAGAUUCUGCCAUGUUGAGAGCAAAAAUUUCGCUUUGCUCUGCGUCUCCUGUCCCAUUUGGAAUAUUUGAAGGGUGGUUUUCCCCCAUCCCAUGGAGGGAACUGUUCCACCUGCACAAGAAUUCCAGAAGAUUCCCAGCUCCCUGUAAAGACCCUCAGGAACAUCCCCAAAAAUUUGCCAAAAUUUUUUCUCAUGAUUCCAGCAGAAUGGUGGAAUUAGGGAAAUGGCAGCACAUGGAUUUGGGAAAGCUUUUCCAGGGAAACAGAACUCGGUACCACCACAAGCUCCGGAGAAAAACUUCCCGUAAGAACAUCCAACCCGUCUGGGAAUUGGAACAAAACAGUGGGAAUUUGGGAUUUUCCAAGCUGGGAUUUCAGGCUGUGCUCCCCUCUGGACAUUUCCAUUUUGGAGCACCAUAAUUUCUGGAAAAUGGAAAAAAGAACUGGAAAGGAAAAGGAUUUUUUUAAAAUUAUUUUUAUUUUUAGGGAUUUGGGAUUUUUUUUUUUCCCCCAGAAAUUACCAUCUUGGAGCACCAUCAUUUCUGGAAAAUGAAGGAAAAACUGGGAAGGAAAUGGAGCUUUUCAUCAAGCAGUGAUUUUUAGGGAUUUGGGUUUUUUUCUCCUAAAAAAAUCAUGGAUAGAACCAUGGUGCAUGCAGCAAAAUUCCAUCAUUUUAUCCCAUUCCUUAUUUUCCUUUUUCCCAGUCUCUUCUUUGCUUCCCAAACCUUUUGUACAAAGAAUCCAGGGAAAUUCUUGCCAGGAAAACCUUUCCAUGGAUCUCACCUCCCCCAGUUUUGGGAAAAGUAGAUGAAAUAAAGAUUUUGCUUUCAGUACCUGGGGUUGUUUCUCUCUUUUCCAUGAGUUUUUCCAUAACUUUUCCACAUUCCCUAGCUAAAAGCACCACACCGACCCUUGGAAAAUCUCUGGGGACAAUUUUAG